GGUAGCAGGUAGCUGCGACACUUUGGAAAGUGAUAGUGACAGUGGCUGGGGGUCCGUGCCCCGGGCUGAGCCUCCCCCCAGCCCAGGAGCCAUGUCCUGGGGGCUGCUCCUGGCGCUCUGUGGGGUGCUCCUGGCUCCAACCGUGGCUGGCGGACGCCACAGCCUGGCCGUGCUAGUCACAAUAGUCAUUGAGGAAGACUGGGCCCAUCACUACUUCAUGAUCGCCCAGCUGGAUGACAUUAAGAUCCUGUACUACAGCAGUGACACACGAGAAGUUAGAACCACCAAGGAGUGGGCUGCACAGGCCUUGGGCGCUGAGUUUUUCCAGAAUAAGACCCAGGAGUUCUGGACAUAUGAUGAGGAUUCUAAAGGGGGUAUGAGGAGGUUGAUGCAGCAGCACAAUCAGACGGGCGGGGUUCACACUGAGCAGAUUCAUGUAGGCUGUGCCCUGAGCAACCAGGCCCCUGUGGACCCAAGGUUCCAAUACGCCUAUGACGGGGGGGACUUCAUCAGCUUUGACAACCAGACGGGAACUUGGGUCGCGGCCGUGCAGCCGGCCUUCCUCCAGAAGCAGCUCUGGGAGACGGGCAAGACCUGGACUCAGUACGUCCAGUGGUGCCUUCAGCACGAGUGCAUGGGGACCCUGCGGAUCCUGUUGCAGCAGGGAAUGGGAGUGCUGGAGCAGCAGGCCCCUGGCAUGUGGCUCACACACACUGUCUCCCUCCAGUGCCCCCCAUCGUCUCAGCUUUCCGCAGAGACGCCCCUGACGGCUCCAUCACCCUCUCCUGCCAUGCCAGGGGCUUUUACCCGCGUCCCAUCCACGUCUCCUGGGUGCGGGACGGAGAAGACAUCCUGGCGGAGAUGGACUCCAGCGGGAUCCUGCCCUAUGCUGACAGCACCUACUACAGGCAGUCGUCCCUGGAGAUCUCCCCACAACAGGAGGACGGGCACCGCUAUGCCUGCCGGGUGGAGCACAGCAGCCUGCCGGUGCCCACGCUCGUCUGGGGUGAGGGUGAGCCCCUGGGAAGAAGGGCACCCUGCCUCCUGGGGCUGUGGCCGCCAUCGUCCUGGCUCUGGCUGGAGCCGUAGGGGCCAGCGUCAUCCUGUGGAAGAGAAAAUCAGCAGGCCCCUUUGCUCCGGUAGCCAGUGAAUAAAUCCUGGGUAAAGGGCCCAGAUGCCCCAGUGCAUUAUGGGUGCGGGGGGUGGUCCCCAUGAGGGGAGACGGGAGCCCAGCAGUGAUUGGAGAUGGGCCCCGAUCGCUGGUUACUCUGGGUCUGACAAUUCCUCGGCCUGUGAGAAUCUGCAAGGCCGUCCCCAGCCAUCGUCCAGAGUCAGACAAGCAGGCAAAGGCUGGGGCAAGUGGGGUGUUGUGGGAUCGCACCCCUUCUCCGUGGGACAGACUGACCCCCAGCUUGUGAUGGUCAGGACACGUCUCUGUACUCUGAUCGAGUUCAGCUUGGAGCUAUUGCACGGAUUUAGUGGGUCAAAUAAAAAAUCCCAAAGCUGGUCAGAGCUGAGCCACUGAGGCUCACAAUGUCAGAGCUAGUUCUGAGCCCGUGUCCGUGGAGCAGGAGCUGCUGACGGAUGCGGGCUUGUCCCCCUCUGGCACAGGUGAGGGAAUGGCCGACUGGGGCUCUCCUCUUCUGCUACGACUCUGCAUUUCUUAAGUGAUUUAAAAACUCGUCCUGGCCCAGACCGGCGUUGUGCUGGUGCAGCCCAAACACUGACCAAAGAGAGGGGCCCUGCCCCAUGGGGGUCACAAUUGACUGUGGUUUCUAUCUGCUCUGUCCUCUCUGGGCUUUGGUAAGUAAAAGAGCCGCAGUGCUGGAAUGCUG